AUGGCGUUGACGUUGAGACGCUCAGCGAUGGUAACACAAGCAGUGCUUGCCAUUGUUCUCCUCUUCGCCGUCGCUUAUUCCGCAACUCCGGCGGCCGGAUUAGGCCGGGGAAUGGUCGGCGGGAGAACGAAGAUCAAAGACGUGGAGACAAACGAAGCGGUUCAGGAACUGGGGAGGUACUCGGUGGAGGAGUACAACAGGAGUCAUAGCAAACGGCACGAGGUGGACGGGGGUGAGCACUUGGUGUUUUCUCAGGUGGUGGAGGCGGAGAAGCAGGUGGUUUCCGGUAUCAAGUAUUACUUGAAAAUUGAGGCUAUGGCUAUAGAUAAAUUGCCGGAGACGUUCGACGCCGUCGUGGUGGUGAAGCCAUGGAUGCAUUCUAAAGAGCUUCUCAACUUUUCGCCUUCACCGGCGAUUAAGUAG